UCCUCUGCUCUCCCAUCCAGCAGUGGGAAGGGAAGCCCAUCCAGCACCUGGGGCCAAUGCAAGCUCUGAUGCCCGUCCAGGUGGCCUAUGUGGGCUCCAGGGAGUUUCAAGAUCGCCUCCUGCUUCUGUUUGCCGAGAACUUGGUGUUCUUGUCUCUGAGCCCUGGAGACUCUGGCCUCAUCUACCAGGGAAAACUCCCUCGGGCAGGAAUCCGGGCUCAGGAGAAGUCGGCCAUUCUCGGGAGGCUGGAGUUUGAAGUGACAGGCAACCUAAUGGAACCAAUCCUGGUGGCCUGCUCAGAGGUGGAGGACUAUGAGACGUGUCUAUUCCACCUGCAGAAGCCUGACAUGCAGCUGCCUUCCAUGCCCAUCCAGCCACCGGUUAUUCCCAAGAAGCUGAAGCGGAUUUAAGAGCCAGCCAGAUGUUCUACCAGUCAGACAGAGUCCCCCCCACCCCGGCUCUUACCCCAUCCCCAGCCUCACUCCGCCCCCUCUGCUCACCAAGCUGGGCAUUUCUCAGGCAAAGACUCUAGGGAAAGGAAGAGGAGGGCUUGGGGCCCGACAUACAGGGCUCUGAGGAAGCCCCACCCACCCACUCUGGGGCCUGGCAACCCCCUGAAGAGGCUAGCUCUGUAAAUGGGGGGGAAGGGGUGCCGCUGCCAGGAUAUGGGGCUAUUUUUCUUCCCAGAAUCAUCGUCCCCUCCAGCUCCUUAGGACAGCACAGCACAGCUGUGGGUUAUCUCCUACUCCCCCCCCCCCCCAAGUGGACCAGAGAAGGGGCCCACACAUCUUGUGACCUGCUUCCUGAGGACCCAGACCACAAGCUACUUUUUCUCCUCCCUGGGGAUAUGUUCAGGGAUGGGGAAAGAGUCCAGUUUGGCCAGAUUCUAGAGUUUGUGAAGAGGAACAAAUGGGAAACAAAGCCAGAAUGGUAGUUUGGGUCUGAGGGCAUUUAUCCUGGGGACACUAGGGAACCAUGGAAUAUUCUUGAGACAAGAAGAGCUCCUCAGGCCAGCCAGAUGAGAUUUGGAACAGAGGAGGGGGAGCCAGAUUGUGUAAGGUUAACUGCCAGGAAAUUCCUAGCCUGGAAGCUUCUAGAAACAUUCCUAAGAGUACAUCCUAGAUAGGGGCAGGGCUGCUUCUGAUUAGAACUGUAACUAAGGUGAGGUCAUUGGGACUUUACCCCAGGGUGCUCAGAAGGUGAAUCAGACUUUAGCAUCUACUGAGCAAGAAUCAGUUAAAAUAAGAGAUUAUGACACAGUCGGUUUCUUCUCAGGUGAGCUCCUCCUGAGUCCCCCAUCAAUUCCCUCCCCAAUGUAGGUCCAGGCUAACUAUGAUUCCUUCUCUUCUGACCUCCAAGGACCCAUGCCUUAUAAGCUGGGAGACUAGAACUAAGGCCCCUUCCC